AUGGCUUCCACCCACGACGACAACCCGGACCUGUCUCUUACCUCUCUAGGGGAAGAAUCGGACGCCAUUUUGUCACCUCAGCAAGAGGUUGAGCCAAUACCAGGGCUAAAUGGGGUUCCGGUUAGAUGGUACGAUGCGGACCGAACCGAGUCCUACACGCGAAUAACGCCCUUCCAGGAAAAACACGACACAAGUGUAGAGUUCUUCUAUAAUCCGUUAACUCUCUCCUCCCUUGCCUGUGGGCUCUUAAUUCUUGCAUAUGUCGCGACAACCCAAGACGUUUUGGAGGAGGGUCAGGACAAAAGACGCGUGGGGGUCUACGCAGCAAUAGCUGCUUUCCUGACGUUUUCCAUGAUACAGUUCCGUGACGGACCUUUUAUUCGGCCCCAUCCUGCGUUCUGGCGAAUAGUAUUAGGAAUCAAUCUUUUGUAUGAGUUGGCGCUCGUGUUCCUCCUCUUCCAAGAUCUUGGCACUGCACGCACAAUGAUGACAUAUAUCGAUUCGAAUCUGGGGGUCCCGCUCCCUGAAAAAAGCUACGCGGAGGAUUGUGCACUGACCGCCAAAAAUCUAUGGAACGCAAUUGACAUCUUCUGUCUCGCUCAUGCCCUGGGCUGGUUUGGAAAGGCUAUGAUAUUGCGGGACUACUGGUUUUGUUGGAUCCUCAGUAUUGCUUUCGAGCUUGCAGAAUACAGCUUGCAGCAUCAAUUACCGAAUUUUGCGGAGUGCUGGUGGGAUCAUUGGAUUCUUGACGUGCUUGUUUGCAACUGGCUAGGAACUUAUUUAGGUAUGUAUAAUCGACCUCAACAGAUCAAUUCUGAACGACGAGACGUCAUAGGGAUGAAAGUGUGCCAAUAUUUCGAAGUCAAGCCUUACGAAUGGCGAGGUUUUCGUCAAACGCGUGGAAUCAAGUCCAAAGCCAAACGCGUCCUCAGUCAAUUCUCCCCUCAUGACUUUACUGCGUUCAAGUGGGGAACAGCUACGGAUUUUUUGCACUACUCGACAGUUAUUAUGCUGUUGGCUAUGUUCCUUGCCGCAGAACUCACUCCUUUUUACUUCAAGAGCCUAUUAUGGAUGGAACCUGACCAUCCCAUCGUUAUCAUGCGCCUUGCGGGGGUUUUUCUGUGUGCCUUGCCUGCCGUCCGAGAGCUUUUCCAGUACAUUAAUGACCCGAGGCGCGCCGUGAGAAUGGGCCAACAUGUCUGGCUCCUCCUCGCGACAGUUAUAACUGAACUCCUGGUUAUUACGAAAUGGAGCCAAGGCCAAUUCACUGAACCUUUGCCGACCAAAGUGAGAUGGGGUUGGGCUAUCGGUGUGACUCUCUUGGUCCUUUAUCCCGUUGUCCAGUUUGGAAUUCCAAGCAUCAGAAGGUAUAUCAGGAAACAGAAAAAAGGGAGGUACAAGGCAACCUGA